CACUGGGAAUGGGGGUAGUAGGUGAACAUGGUGGGGGCAGGCAUAUAAAAGUAAAGGGAAGCGACUGCCUUCUUAGGAAGGUGUUUAUUUUGUGUUUAUGGUGUCAGGUUGCCGCGGGCGGUAAAAACUUGAACCAGAACUUAGAUGUUUUAAACCAUUUAGUUUUUUGGCCAAAGUUUUAUUUUAUUGCCAAGCUGCACCUAUCAAGUCACACAAUUUACAGAAAUCUGGCAAAGAAAAGUAGUUCGUUCAAAUCAGCUUCCAAAUUUUGAAAGAUUAAAACAGUGUAAAGAAACAAAUUCCAGAACCCAUCUGACCAUCUCAAUAUCAAUUGGUUUGAAGUGGACAUUUUCUUAGUUUUAAAAGUACACCAAGAUUCAACGUAACAAUGAAGAUGAUCGCAGUUUUAUGUUUGAGCUGUGCUCUAGUGGCUCUAGGUCAGGCUCAGGACAUGACGUCAAUGAUGUUUCAAGCGAUGGGCAUUGAAAUGCCCCCAUUGCCGCCUUCUAUGCCUCAGUCUCUAAGAGAACACUUGUACCCACAACAGCAACAGCUCAGAAGGCAACAGCUUUAUCGACUACAGCAAGCGGCUGCCGCGAGGGCAGCGGCGUAUCGGAAGGCGGCAGCCCUGCAAAAAGCUACAAAAAAUAACCCGUACAGUGUUGUGAACAAAGCCCCAGAAAAACCCGAGCUUCUUGUUUCCCAGGCCAACGUCAUUAGACAACCAGGUGUUGUCAAUGAACUCGUCAACAAAGGCAAUCCUUAUAGUGUUUCUAGAGCUGGGUCAUCUAACAAUCCAAUUAUUAGGAAAACAGCCUUAGGAGCUCGAAGACCAGCCAUGCCAAGUAUAGAGAUGUACAGACAAUACAGGCAGUGGAGGGACCAGCCAAGGAAGAUUCAGGAAGCACAAGCUGCAGGUUGUAAGCUUCCAGUGGAUAGCAGUGCUGCUAGCAUACUUAUGUUUGGUGACUGUAGGAACCCCACAGCCAGAAUGGUGUGUCAGAUGGAAAUGAUGUCAUGUGUCAAUGUAGGGAUGUCAGCAAUGUGUUGUCCAUUUGGCAUGAACAAGUUGGCGAUGGACACCAUCUCUUACGUCAACAAACUACAGCAUUUUGUCUCGGAAGUGGCUUAAGUUGAAACAGUAGAGUCUGGUCAAAGCAAUUAGUUUGUAGUGGGGGGUUUUUGUUGGACAAACACAAAUAUAAAAAAAAAAACAAAAAAAAAAACACACAAUUGUCUAAUUUGUCUACAAAACAUUUUGUUCGCGGCUCAACGCUCUCUCGUGGAGAAUAGUACAGCAAUUGUAUACACGACCUUUAUGCUCCUUUGGCUAGAUUAAUUUCAUUACUUUGUCAAAAUUUUGUGAGUUAUUUGAAACAAGGUUUGAUGAGCUAAAUAUACAAAGCACAGAUCUUACCCAUAAAACACAUUAACGCUAACCACACCUUUGGAGUGGUCCUGAAGUGACACCUACAGAGUUCAGGAUCACCAAUCAAGAAUGAUAUUUUCUUCAGUUUCAGACUCCACUAUCAUAUUUCUCACUAGAAUAAAAAGUGACUUCUAGUUGAAGUUUAAAUUUAUGUUCUGCUAAACUAGAUGAAAGAGUGAAUACACUAGGAUUACUAAUGUGUCAAUGUGUUGUUCUGGGUUUUUUUCUUGUACAUUGGAAUUGUUGAGUAAUUUGAUGCUUUAGACUUUUUUUAUUUUUAUACUUUUUCAUAGUUUAAAUGAACAACAAAAUUUAUUAGCCAGUUUUUUAUUCGUUGAUUUGUCUGUCUGUCCGAUUUUCUUCUUUCUCUACAUUUUUGUCUUUCUUUACAUUGGUUUUUUCUUAUUCGUUCUUCAAUCUUCUUGUUCAAACUAAGACUUUUCCUGUCUGCCUCUAGCCUCUCAAGACUUUUCUGCCUCUAGCCUCUCAAGACUUUUCUGUCUGCCUCUAGCCUCUCUAGACUUUCCUGUCUGCUUCUCUCCUUUGUAAAUGUAACGUUAACAUGAAAUGUUGGUAUCGUGUCCCAGAGACUGACUAACCAAUGCAGCAGGACAUUGUCCCAAAGACUGACCAGCCACUGCAGCAGGACAUUGUCCCACGCUGCUAGCAUUCAAGUUGACGAUGAAUGACUUAAUGUUGUCUGAUUAGAAGAUUAUUUACAAAAUAAUGCUUGAAGAAAGAAAAUAUUAUUUGACAUUACGUAAUAUUAUUAGCAAUGUAAACAUUAUGACCUAGGCUAAAGAUAUGUUACAUUUUGGGUUAAGGUAAUGCACUUAGUUUAGGUAGAGAUUAAAAGUUAUUUCUUUUAAUUAUAA